AUGGAAGCCCUUCCCCAGUUCCUCCAGUCGAACAUCAUAACUCCUCUACAGCCUCUACUCCGACCGAUCACCACCUCGCUACCUACUCCCAUCAACGACGCGCUCAUCUCCCUCCUUGGUGCCAACUGCUACACAUCCCUAGUCCUCGGUUUGGACAUAACAAAAGACCCGGAAUGUUUCCCACUCGCGAUUUCCAAGAUCCUCGGAAUUGCCAUCGUUGUGUUUAGCGCCAUCGUCAAGGUCCCGCAGAUUCUCAAGCUUAUCUCGUCGCGAUCAGCAGCCGGAGUCUCGUUUACAUCGUAUGCGCUUGAGACGGCUAGUUUUCUUAUUACUCUCGCUUAUAAUGCGCGCCAGGGAUUUCCGUUUAGUACUUAUGGCGAGGUUGCCUUGAUUGCUGUACAGGAUAUCGUGGUCAGCGUCCUUGUGCUGGUGUUUUCUGGCCAAACUGCCACCGCAGGCGCAUUCUUGGCUGCUGUUAUUGGCAUCGGUUAUGCGCUGUUGUUCAGCGGCGAGUCAAUUGUGGACAACGCUACCAUGGGAUAUCUCCAAGCCGGAGCUGGUCUUCUGGGUAUCGCCAGCAAGUUGCCCCAGAUCUGGACGAUCUGGAGCCAAGGAGGCAUUGGACAGCUUAGUGCUUUCGCAGUCUUCAACUACCUCUUUGGCUCCCUUUCCCGCAUCUUCACCACCCUCCAGGAGGUCGAUGAUAAACUCAUCCUAUACGGCUUUGUGGCCGGGUUCAGCCUUAACGUGAUACUGGCUGCUCAGGUCAUUUACUACUGGAACACCCCAUCCAGCACUGCUUCCAAAAAGCCUUCGAGCCGCAAGCAGGCCACGUCCGGAGUACAAAUCCCCGCAGCAGUCUCGAGUGGUGUCUCCCAGAGCCCAUCAGUCAAAGGCCCAUCAACAAGACGACGGGGAUAA